UUUUGUCGCUCGCCUCCAGCACGCGCACUCCACACAAUUGUUGUUAAAGUUUAAUAGUUUUAUACUUUUCGCUUGGUUAAGCGUUGUGCUCAAGAUAUUUGCAAUUAUUCGCAUACAAAUUGCCAGCAAAUAGUGCACUCAUUUGCCGCAAGCGUAGCCAAACUAAGAAAUGAUGACGUCGCUGAAGCUGGAGACGUCACUGCCGGCGGUGGAGGAGCAAGUGCAGCGGGAGAAGGCCAACGAGCCCGUGGAGGACUCGCACACGGCAUCCACAACGCCCACACGCAUUCCACAUCCCGCCGUGGCGCGUUUCCGGCGUUCCGCUUCCCUGCGCCUGCGCGGGAAUCCCGCAGAGCUCGGUUUACGGGCUGAGCACUGUCCAGCCGGCGGAGGCGGAUUCAGUUCGCGCGCCAAGCUCACGGCGAUCCCAUCCAGUCUCGAAACGCGUUCGCACCCGGUUCACUUGAGGCGUAAUCGCAGCUGGUGCAAUUUAGGCCACAAAACGGAGCAGGAACCGGAAGUGGGGGCUUGCACGGAGGCACUAUGCAGCGCUACCCAGUGCUUGUCUUUGGAUAAGGAGGCACUGGCUCCGAAGGUGGGCAACAGCAGCAUGGCCAACGGCAAGCCGCGAAAUCUGCUGGUAAUUGAAGAACCGCCCUCGCACGGCGGGUUAAAGGUUACGAGGGGGUGGCUACCACAAUACGCACUCGUUGUGUCUCUCCAGUUGAACGGCGGCAGUGACAUCAGCAGCAGUGGCACCUCCAGCAACAGCAGCAACAAGGAGUCGUGCCCCAGGACCAGCAGGACCCCCCGGACACCACAGACGCCUCAGACGCCACAAACACCGGCCAGCGGAGUAGCUGCAGAGACGCCACACAGCUGCAUUCGGCAGGGCAACUGCGUCAAGGCCAACCAGGGUAAACUGUCCACGCUGCACGAGUCCAAGAUUUCGCCAAAGACUCCGCCCGUCACACCGGACUCACCCAGUACCUAUCUGGACGAUGAUCUAGACUCGAUGUACUCGUUCGCCACCACCACUUCGGGUCGCUCCACGAUGUCCUGCGAGCAUCCCUAUGUGGCCAGGAACGGCACCACCUUCAGUGGUCGCAAGAUGAAGUACGUGGUGCACUGCUCCAACUAUGCGGGUCAGGUGGGACCCGACUAUCUGACGCCCACGCAGCGGGCACAGCGCCAGAUCCGGCGGCUCAAGGAGCUGCUGUGCAUCGCGCGACAGGAUCUGGAGCAGAAGGAUACGGAGCUGCUGCGUCUGACGCGCGAGGUGGUGGAGCUGCGCCUGUUCAAGGCAUCGCUCAGCUCGCCGGAGGAGCGUUCGGCCUCCUCCGAUGCGGUCACCGUGCGGGAGGCGGAGCUGAAGACCUCGCAGGAUGUCUCGCCCAUCGUGGACAUGGUGGGCGAGGGCAACGCAAAGGGCAGUCCACGCCAUCUAAGUCGCCAGCAGCAGCAACAGCAGCAGCAGGCGAACCACUCGCUGCAGGCCAUGCAGAUGUCGUCGGAGAUGCAGAGCUCCUACGCGGACUCCGGCCACUUCGAGGACCUAACCAUGUCGUCGGUGCACUCGAAGGACUCGCAGACGCAGAGCGAGGCAUGCGGCACUUCCACGCCCGAUGGAGAAGCGGAUGUGGUCUGCGGGGCCGGCGGUGAUUCCGCCAGGAAUCUGGAGAACUACGAGCUGCAGCGACAGGAACUGAUAAGCAUGUACGAGCAUCGCAUCGAGGAGCUCAUUCGGAGCCAGGACAGCGCCACCAGCGAUCUGAAGCGAUCCCACAACGACAAGGUGGAGGCGCUGCUCCAGAAGCUGGCCGAGUGCAACACCAGGUACUCGGACAUGGUGCCCGACUACGAGCAGGCCAAGCAGCGCAUCCGGGAGCUGGAGAAGCAGCUGGAGGAUCUGCAGCGCAAGCUGGUCGAGCACGAGGAGAAGCAGAACAAGAUGUACCUGCACAUGUACCAGCAGGGACAGGAGGCGGAGCGCAUUUCUCGAGCGGAUCAGGCCCUGGAUUUGGCACAGCGCCAGCCGGAGAGCAAGGUGUCGAUCAAUGAGCUACUGCAUCAGCUGCAGAGCACGCAGGACGAGUUGGAGAACAUACGCGCAUCAGAGUGCAGAAUGAGAGAGUGCGGCAGUAAUCAUGCUCUCCUUACUGCAAAAGAGGCGAUUUCUUUGUGGGUACUUGGCGCGCGUAAGACCAUUUAUCGCCGCCUGCUGGAGGCCCAGAAGAAUCGCACCCAUGUGGAUCCGGAGGUGACGCUGCAGUUCCUCAAGAGCGCUAUCUUCUACUUCCUCACGGACAAGGAGAACUCGCAGGGCCAUCUGCAGGCCAUCGAGAGCAUACUCGAGUUCACCGACGCCGAGAAGCAGAAGAUCAGCGCCGCCAACCGAACGCCAAAGUGAGGUCCUUGUUCGUCGUUACCCAUGGCGUAUACUUAUUAUUAACACUUAGAUUGCACGCCAAAGUGAGCAAAACGAUGUCUACGAUUUUGGUUAGCGCUAAAUUGCAUUGUUUUCAGCUAAUUGGCCGGCAGCUUUAAUUUCAAUUUUAUUUUGUUAACGGAAUAAUUUUGUUAAAUUUUGCAGGCGCCCGUGUUAAGUUCUUUCUUUGGCAACGAAGUGUAUAAAAUUUUCCUAUAAGUUAAUUUUUACGAACAUAUAUAUUUUCUGGUCUAAGGCUUAAGGCAUACUACUACGUCCUUUUUAAGAAAUACGAACAUCUUGAGAGAAAUACAAUUUUACAAAAUCUACGUAGUUUUUGUAGAUCUAGCUAAUCAAGUGAGAAUAACACCAUCAUGUUUUGUGGAGUUUCAGUGGAGUUUUAAUGGCAAAUAAAUGAAAAAUCUGAGUAAAU